AAAUUCAAAGAGCGCGUCCACUCGCGUACUGUUUGACUCUCAGCGUACGCCGUAGUUUAGAAUUGAUCUACGUAAUCGACAUGGCGGCCGCCUUGAGAAGUCUUUCAGUGUUGAGACCCCUCAUUUCUGUGGCUCAGAGAAGUACAUGCAACUUUUGGCAGAGUGCUUGUAAGUUUUCUACUUUGAAUGUUGGCUGUCAUCAUAGAACUGCAAUUCAGCACUCAUUUCAGCCAUCAAUGACAGUUUCAGAUCAUUUGAAAUGUUCACCCAGCAUUUUUCCAAGUGUUGUUCCUCUGCUUCCAAAUCUUCUUCAGCAGCCAUCCAGGCAUCUUACCUACUACAGCCUACGUAAAGGGAAGAGGAAAUCUGUGAAGGCUGUUGUCAAGAGGUUCCUAAGGCUGCACUGUGGCCUUUGGCUGAGAAGAAAGGCUGGCUACAAGAAGAAACUUUGGAAGAAAAAACCUGCUCACAAGAGGCGGCUACAGCAGCAUGUGUUUUGUAACAAAACACAAAGUAAAUUGCUGGACAAAAUGACCACAUCUUUCUGGAAGAGGAGGAACUGGUUUGCUAAUGACCCCUACCUUAAAUACCAUGAUCGCCCUCAGCUGAAGGUUUAAAUGGCUUUGGUUCUUUUGAUAGUAUUCUCAGCAAAAACAGUGAUUUAUAUAAUCCCUUAAUAAAAAGGAACUUACUGUGUAUUUAGUUGUGGAUAUUUGCUGAAAAAUUUGAAUCUGCCAUUUGAAACAACAUUGCAUAACUAAAUCAAAAAAGAUUGAAAUAGUACAUUUUACUGCAAUGAUUCUUUACAUUCCCACAAAAGGGUCACUCUGGGACUCCUAAGAAACCUAGUCACACUGAAGUGGGUUUAUCAGCUAGACAUUUGUAAUUCUUGAAGUGUAAUAAAGUUACCAUUGUAUAUAG